UAACUCCUACACUAGCUAGUUCUACUUAAUGCUGGUACUGUAACUCUGCAAGUACACCUAUAAACACUGGUUCUUUAAGCCAAGAAUCUUUUUUUGUUUUGGUUGUAGCUUUUUUUUCACACUUUCCCCAUUACUUCUUUGAACUUAAGCUCAGUGUUCAUUCCCCCUGGAAAAAGAAAACCCUUGUUUCAAUUUUUUUGCCAAUUUUCUCUCUCUAGAAUGAGGCCAAUGGGGCCAGUGAUAGGAAGGUACCCAUCAAGCGAUGGCGGCCAACUGGGUGGUGGAGUUAUUAGGCAAAACAGGAAAUGUAGAGAUGUGGUGUUUCUUGUUAUCUUCAUUGCUUUUUGGGUUUCUAUGAUUGUUAAUUCUAGCUUUGGAUUUAACAAAGGAAACCCACUUAGGUUGACUUAUGGAUUGGAUUAUGAGGGAAAUUUAUGUGGUAAAAAGCAUGCGCAUCGAGAUCUCCAUGAAUUGGAACUCAGAUAUUGGGUAAACCCUAACCAGGUGUAUGAAAGUGGAUUGAAGAACAGUGCAUUCAAGCUUGCUGAUGCAAGGAGCAUUUGUUUGCUAGAUUGUCCUAUUCCAGCUGAAGAUUCCCUUAAUUGGGUAUGUGAUUACCCUGAUGGAGAUAUACAUCUCAGUCUAGAUGAGUGGAUUGACAGGAACUAUGAUUAUUUUGAGUUCCUCACCCCAGAUAUGAGGAACAGUUCUCUUCAACUUCAGGGGCCUUGUUAUCCUGUCAUAUACCCCAGUGUUAAUGUUUUCUGGAGUUGUCAAUUUAUAGCUCGCCCAUCAAAUAUGUCUUUACGGCAUUGGCAGCAGAUGGGAGGAGUAAAUAUCAACGAGGGCCUCGAGAUAGACAAUCUAAUUCACAAAACAAUGAACUCACGAUCUGCUGUUUUAAAGAGAUACAUGGCUGAUAUUGGAAAGGCAUGGCCAGUACUCAUUGUUUGUGGUGGAAUCCUGCCACUUUUCUUGUCAGUUAUUUGGCUGCUUCUUAUUCGACAUUUUGUUUCUGGGAUGCCAUGGAUAACAGUCGUACUUUUCAACAUUCUCAUAAUAUCAGUUACAAUGUUCUUUUAUCUAAAAGCUGGAUGGAUAGGGAGUGAUGCUGUUACACCCAUUGUUGGCGAGCAUGACCCAUAUGUUCACGUCUAUGGAAGGGAGUUGACUCAUCUUCGUGCUGUUGCUAUUUUGAUGACCGCUGUUGCGGGAAUUGCCAUCCUUGCAUCUAUUGCCAUAGUUAGACGCAUCCUUAUGGCAACAUCAGUCCUCAAGGUUGCUGCAAAGGUUAUAGGAGAAGUUCAAGCUCUUAUGAUAUUUCCAAUUAUACCAUAUGCCAUACUUGCGAUCUUCUACAUGAUUUGGUUAUCUGCUGCUUUCCAUUUAUUUAGCUCUGGAGAGGUUCGUCAAAAUAAUUGUGAAUCGAACUGUUGUGCCUACGAUCUUGGUUCGAAACGGGUCAGCUGUGAACGAUGUUGUGGUUACAGCAUUCAUUAUACCCCUCACAUAGGAAUUGCCAUCCUCUUCCACUUGUUUGGUGGAUAUUGGGCAACACAUUUCUUCAUAGCAUGUUCAUCCACUGUCAUCGCGGGUUCUGUUGCUUCUUAUUAUUGGGCUCGUGGUGAUACAUCGCCAGAGAUCCCAUUUCUAUCAGUAUUUGCGUCAAUGAAAAGGCUAGCCCGAUAUAGCUUGGGUUCUGUUGCUAUUGGCUCCCUGGUUCUGUCUUUUGUGGAAUCAAUUCGAUUUAUACUUGAGUCAAUUCGACGCAAGCUGAAAGUUUCUUACACUGCCCCAGAAAAUUGGUUUGGGAAGAUGGUUCAUCAUUCUUCUAAGUGGUGUUUGAAGUGUGUGGAGUGGACCAUCAAAUCUGUGAAUCGCAAUGCCUAUAUAAUGAUUGCCAUAACAGGUAAAAGCUUCUUCAAGUCAUCUGCUAUUGCAACGGAGUUGAUUAUGAAUAAUAUUCUAAGAAUAGGGAAGGUUAAUGUUAUCGGAGAUGUCAUUCUGUCUCUUGGAAAAUUAUGUGUUAGCUUAUCAAGCACCUUGUUCGGAUUUCUCAUGUUGGAUACUCACAAGUACAAGUCCUCCCACAACAAGAUUUCUUCUCCUCUCUUCCCAGUGCUGGCAUGUUGGGUCCUGGGUUAUGUUGUUGCCACACUGUUCUUUGGUGUGGUGGAGAUGUCGAUAGAUACUAUCAUUCUCUCGUUUUGCCAAGAUGCCGAAGAACACCAGGGAAAUGCUCAGUAUGCACCUUCCCUUCUAAUCGAGACUCUUAAUGAUCAAAACGAGACCCAAAGACUAACACAAUGAUGCAUCCACAAAAAAGGAACAGUCUGGUUUUCUCACAGCUCUGAAUUUUGAGCAAGAAGCUUGUCACUUGGAAUUUGCCAAGGCUAGGUCCAUGAGCUUAUUAUUUUCUUAUGUAUAUAUUUAUUAUCAUUGCUAGAAAAUUAUUGUAGCCCAGGGUUUUGGAUCUUCAACGAUAUUUUAUAGUUCUUUUGUAAUGGGAGUAAUGAGGGAUGGUGUAAGGUAGUAAAUCCAGAGAAGGAAAUUUUUGGGGUCUUAAAGGAAAGAAUGCUAUUUGUAAUAGUUGCUCCUUAAUCAAAGUUUAGUUCUUUUCUGGUGUUAAAGAAA